GUAUACAGGAAGUCCUGACACACAGGAAAAUGAAGCAUUUUUUGUAUUGUUAGUUCUGGUAGUAUCGUUGUGAAAAUUUGCAGUCCAUUGAAAACACAUGACACCAGACAACCUUCAUUUCAAAGGUUACCAGUGAAACGGUCGUACAUUCCAUUCGUUUUGUUUAUAUCCACCGAGAUGAACUCGACUAUUUGUAAAGGUCUAGAAUUUGUAUUAGUUUGGAGUACUUUCGCUAUAUUUGGGCUUAAAGAAAUAUCUGGGACGGCCCCGCACAAACCGGGUUUGGAAACAUACAGUUUGGAGGGAAAGUGGAAAAUAAAUAACGCAAACAAUUCUUUGGCUCUGGUUGCGGAUGUACCGGGUUGUGUGCAUUCAGCUCUGCUGAAACAAGGACUGAUACAGGAUCCCUAUUAUAGAUUUAAUGAUCUGGCUUACAGAUGGAUCUCUCUGGACAACUGGACUUAUACAAAGGCAUUUUCUCUCCCGCCUGACAUCAGCAGCAACAAAAGAGUAAAUCUUGUAUGUGAUGGCAUAGAUACAGUGUCUGCCAUUUCUAUCAAUCAAGUCUUUGUGGGGAGGACAGACAACAUGUUCCAGAGAUAUAGUUUUGAUGUCACCGCGUUGGUAAAGGACAGCAAUGUUGUGCAGGUUGACUUUACGUCAGCAAUAACAUAUGCAGCUGAGCAAAGAGCAGCUCAUGUCUCCUAUAUGGUGCCUCCGGAAUGCCCCCCUCCUGUGCAGAAAGGAGAAUGCCAUGUUAACUUCAUCAGAAAGGAGCAGUGCUCAUUUAGCUGGGAUUGGGGUCCAUCAUUCCCUACACAAGGAAUCUGGAGAGGCAUCCGAAUCGAGGCCUAUGAUGUUUUUCAGCUGGUGUAUCUUACUGCUACUCCUGGCUAUGAUCACAAUACCAAACAGUGGAACCUUCAAGUAGAAGCCUUCUUUGACACGGUCAGCCUUAAACCACUAGCAGGCCACGUGAUCAUUCACAUCCCUAAAUUGCAAACACAACAAAUCUAUGAGGUCACACUUGAGCCUGGACAGAGCAACAUCAAACUUAUACUUCUUGUAAACACGAAUGUUCCUCUGGAAUACUGGUGGCCUAGCGGACAGGGGAACCAGACUGGGUAUAACAUGACUGUCUCUGUCUCUGUGGCUGAAGGAUACAGUAUUGAAAAAAACAUUAUGGUAUAUUUCCGCACAGUGGAGUUGGUACAAGAGCUCAUUCCAGGAUCCCCUGGCCUCAGCUUCUAUUUCAAGAUCAAUGGACUGCCGAUUUUCCUCAAGGGCUCAAACUGGAUCCCGGCAGAUUCAUUUCAGGAUCGAGUCACCCCUGAUAUCUUAAGAAAUCUUCUCCAGUCUGCUGUCGAUGCCAAUAUGAACACAUUACGUGUCUGGGGAGGAGGAGUUUAUGAAAUGGAUGAGUUUUAUGACAUCUGCGAUGAACUAGGAAUUAUGAUCUGGCAAGACUUCAUGUUUGCUUGUGCCCUUUACCCCACUGAAAAGAGCUUUAUAGACUCUGUGAGAGAAGAAAUUACUCACCAAGUGAGGAGAUUAAAGUCCCAUCCUUCUGUCAUUAUAUGGAGUGGAAACAAUGAGAACGAGGCUGCCAUUGCCAGCAACUGGUUCAACAUUCCAUCAUCAGAGCAGCCAAUUUACAUCAAGGACUAUGUGACUCUGUAUGUGAAUAAUAUUAGGAAUAUAAUUCAAAAUGAAGAUAAAAGUCGUCCAUAUCUGUCAUCAAGCCCCACAAAUGGAGAUGAAUCAAUUAAGGAAGGAUGGGUAGCCAAAAACCCUUAUGAUACCAACUACGGCGACAUACAUUUCUACAGCUACCUCGAUGACUGCUGGGACUGGAAGGGUUUUCCAAAGACCAGGUUCGCCUCUGAAUAUGGCUUCCAGUCCUGGCCAUCUUUUUCGACUUUACAAAAGGUUUCGAUUCUUGAAGACUGGGAUUACUCCAGCAGUUUAACAGCUCAUCGGCAGCACCACAGCAAAGGAAACAAGGAGAUGAUGGAGCAGGCUGCCCUUCACUAUACCCUCCCACGGUCUACAGACCCCUUGCAGAAGUUUAAAGACACACUGUACCUGACACAGGUGAUGCAGGCCCAGUGCAUUAAAACAGAAACUGAGUUCUACAGACGCAGUCGGAGUGAGAUCCUUGAUGGAAAGGGGCACACAAUGGGGGCUCUGUACUGGCAGCUGAAUGAUAUCUGGCAGGGUCCCUCCUGGUCUUCCAUUGAAUACGGCGGGAAGUGGAAGAUGCUACAUUAUUUUGCACAGAACUUCUUUGCUCCAGUCCUUCCGGUGGGGUUUGAAGAUACAGAAACGCUUAUUAUCUAUGCAGUGUCUGACUUACAGAAUGACCUCACACUCUCACUCCUGGUAAAAGCAUACCUGUGGAGCAGUAUGGAACCUGUGUGUGUCGGUGUCACAGAACCCGUGAUGAUCAAAGCUGGGAGCGCUAACCCAGUCUACAAAGAGCCUGUGAAUGAUCUGCUGAAACGAUGUGGGAACUGUACUCGACGGAGCUGCGUCGUCUCUUUCUCUCUGGAAGCAAACGAGCAGCAGUAUGGACCUGACAACUAUCUUUUCCUUUCCUCUCUCAAAGAUGCAGAAGGCCUGAAGAAACCACAGCUCUCUGCCACUGUUAAGCAGGACGGUGAGGCGUACAUUAUCAACUUACAGACAACAGACAUUACCCCCUAUGUUUGGCUGGACGUAGGCGACAUCUCAGGACGCUUUGAAACCAACGGAUUCCUAAUGUUGCAGAAAACCAAGGCUGUGAAAUUUUUCCCCUGGAAGCCCACUAGCACUUCUGAGCUGACCAAAUCUCUGCAAGUGCGCUCACUGAUGAACAUUUACUGAUAAGGAGCUAUUGAAGAGCCCGAAAAUUGUCUUGUGGCACUGUUAGCUUUAUUUACAUAAGUACUCCAAUUGAAAUUUGUCAACCUUUUUCUGAUAACAUAAAUUGAAAUGAAUUAAAAGGAAGAGGACUCCAGCUUUUGUGAUUACAAACUGCAGUAGAAAUGAUGUGCUCAGGUGGCUUUCACAUGUAAUGUUUUUCAUUAGGAAGUAAGUAUAUUGAGAAAUAUCACAGGCCAGUUGUGCCCAAUAUUGAUCCAUUUUCCUUCUUACUGGUUCAAAAGUGAAAUAUAUAGAUCGCUUUAAUCAAAUUUGGAUACAUUUUUUUUUUUUUACCUUUAUUUGAAAGUUUAUAUUUGAAAGUUCCCUUUCAAGUAUGAAAUGUAUUCCAUUACACAGUGGGCUAGCCUAUUAUGCCUGAUUCAACUGAACACUACUAAAGCUGCGUGUUACGCCUGUGAUGUCAGCAGGCCUGUCUCCGCCCCCACAGGAGACAAAACUGCGUGCAGGACAGCACUCAACGCCAUUUUCUAUUCAGCCUUUUCAGCUUACACAGAGAGUGACCCAGCAUUAGAGAAAAUUUGCUGUCUUCGACCAGAAGCAGUCAGAUAAGCCUGUCUUAUUUUAUUUCUACUUGUUUUUUUCCCCUUAGGAUAAACCGCUGAGGCAAAAAAUUGUUUAAAUACAUUUUUUGUGUUUUUUUACCGUGUUUUCGCAGCCUUCUGGCUUGUUUGGUUGUUAGUAGCUUAUUGAUCCCAGAGUGAUGGGGGCACGGCCUCCCUUUUGGAUGCCCCAGUCACACCAGGCCAUACGUUCAGUCAAGCUGUAGACAAACUUUUGCUGAGCUCCCAGGAGGCAUGCAGAUCCACCAAAGAGCUGGUUUGCUUGCUGCCCAGAAAGGCUCCUCAAGCCAGGAAGCAAACAGAACCUUGGCAUCCUAGAGCUCAGCAGCCCCAGACUCAGCGUCCGACAGUGCCUGUAGGUUGGGGAGCUCCCCACCAUAGGGGUUGCCAGAUACAGAGGGGAUACCAUCAAUACUGCCAACCGCUUUAUGCACAAAAGGCAACGGCGAAACCACCAGCGGCUCAGCAGCAGCCCUAGGGGUUUGCUGCCACAGGUCCAGGGACCUUAUUCAAGGAGCCAACUGGAUUACUGGCCAGCAAGCACCACGGACAUCUGGGUGCUCACCAUAAUACAGCUCGGCUACUCGCUCCAGUUCAAACAGGGCCCUCCCCCCUUUUCAGGAGUGGUUACGGCUUCUCUCUUCAACCCUCAAGACACCCUGGUGGUGUUCCAAGAGGUGAAGCCCCUGUUACAAAGAAGGGGUAUUCAGGUAAUAGACCCCUCCGACCUGAAGUCGGGUUUUAUUCCAAGUACUUCCUGGUGACGAAAAGGGACGCCGGCCUACAGCCCAUUCUCGACCUCAAACAGCUCACUCUGUUCUUGAAGCACAGGAAGUUCAAGAUACUGACAAUAAAACAGCUCUUGUGGUCUGUCAGACUGGACAACUAGUUCACUACGGUGGACCUGAAAGACACCUACUUCCAUGUCUCAAUAAUACCUGACCUCAGGAAAUAUUUGAGGUUUUUCAAGGGACUGCUUACUAGUUCCGUGUUCUGCCAUUUGGCCUUUCUCUAGUCCCUCGCACCUUUUCAAAGUACAUGGAGACUAUUCUGACCCCUCUGAGGCUACAAGGCAUCGGAGUGCUCAACUACCUGGACGACUUGCUCCAGUGCAGGCAGAACCGGUGUCCGCUCACCUCGACAGGCUUGGUCUGAUGGUGAACUUGUCAAAAAGCCAGCUGGUACCGUCCCGACUACCAUCUACCUGGGAACCUGCUUGAACUCAAGCAGCAUGAUUGCCACUCUGUCAGAUGACAGAAUCCAGAGGCUCCACACGUGCCUGAGGCUGUUUCAGCCCGGCGUGUCAUGGGAGGUUGUCACCUUCCAGAGUCUUCUGGGCCUGAUGGCAGCAGCAUCCCAGACCCUUCCAUUGGGUCUUCUCCGCAUGCGCCCUCUCCAAGCGUGGUUCAAACGCAGGGUGAAUCACCCUCUCUUGCAACCACAUCUCCGUCUGUCGGUAUCCUGAAACUGUAUGGAGGACCUCUCGUGGUGGAAACAGCCAGCUCAUGUGUGUCUAGGUGUGGCAUUAGGCAGUAUCACCAGGCAAGAGGUGAUCACCGCUUACACCUCUGGCUCAGGCUGGGGUGCCAUGUGGAGUAGACGAGGAGCGCAAGAUGUGUGGCAGCCCCCUUGGGUGGGGCUACAAAGAAAUGUCCUGGAGCUGCAGGCAGUUUUUCUGGCCUUGCAGAGUUACUUCCAGGAGGUGCAGGGGAGGCACGUGUUUAUCAGAAUGGACAACACAACCGUGGUGGCUUACAUCAAUCACCAGGGUGGCCUGCACUCUCCCCGUCUCCAUCAGGUAGCCCACAAAAUCUUAUUGUGGGUUUCACAAGCUCCUGCUCUUCCUGAGAGCGAUACCAGGAGCAGAAAACCACACUGCAGACCUCCUAUCAAUGGAAGUCGCUCCACCCCGAGUAUGAUGUGCCUGAUCUGGGACUGGUUCGGGAGAGCAGAAGUCAAUUUCUUUGCCUCCCUGGAAUCCGCUCAUUGUCCCCUCUGGUUCUCCAUUCUGGGCAACAGGGGUCAACUGGGAGUUGACGACCUUGCACACUAGUGGUUGAGGACUCUCCUGUAUGCAUUCCCACUGAUAACUUGUACCUGGAAAAAAUCAGGCAGGAACGAGCCACGGUGCUUUUAGUGGCUCUAUACUGGCCCAGGAGAACGUGGUUCUCCACGCUGUUGUGCCACCAGCCUUGACAAUUGCCUAUGCACAGUGACUUGCUCAGCCAGGUACAGGAGAUGUUGUAGCACCCCAAGCCAUCGAGCCUACAGCUUUGGGUCUGGCCCCUGAACGGUUCCGGUUCAGCCAGUUAGGCUUGUCGGAGAGAGUCAUAUUGACCAUCCAGAUUGCGAGAGCUGCUUCAACGUGCUCUCAGUAUGGAUACAAGUGGGGUGUGUUUCAGACUUGGUGUUUGGCACAUCAGCCUGAUCGCACGACUUGUCCCAUGCCAGUCAUUCUGCAGUUUUUGCAAUAUACCUAUUUGAUGAGGAUAAGUCCCCCUCAAUUCUGAUUUAAUUGGCAGCCAUCUCGGUUUGCCACGUUAAAAUUGAAUGCAGGGAAUGGCUGGCCACUUCCUGAAAGGGGCGCUGAGGCUUCGGCUUCCUUUGAAGGACAGAGUUUCUCAGUGACACAUAAAUGUGGUGCUGUGUGCAUUCACAAAACCACCCUUUCUACAGAGCUUAAAUACCUGUCUCUGAAGGCAGUGUUUUUACUUGCCAUCACUUCUGCUAGACAUGUGAGUGAGAUGCAGGCUUUUUCAGUGACAAAAGCUUUUUUUUUUUUUACGGAGUCUAGAACGAAUGUCAUGCUCCGUAUGAAUCCGGCCUUUGUGCCCAAAUGCCUAUUGACCUCCCAUGUCAGUCUGUGGAAUUGGAGGCCUUUCUUCCUCCACUAUUCCAGACAGAUGAGGAGCGUCGGCUCUAUAUGCUUUGUCUGGUUAGGGCACUAGCAUGUUAUGUUGACAGGACAAAAAGUUGGUGGCAAUCUGAGCAGCUGUUUUUAUGUUUUGGAGCAAACAAAGGUCAAGCUCUAUCAAAAUAGAGCCUGUCCAGUUGUGUUGUGGAGACAGUCAAGAUUGCUUAUGAGCAAGCCAACUUACCCCUCCAGAGCAGCUCACAGGUCAUUCCACCAGGGGUCUUGCUACCUCUUGGGAGUUGUUUCAGGGUCAUCGGUCUCUGACAUUUGCGAUUCAGCGGUGUGGGUCAGUCCUCACGCUUCACAAGGUCUAACAUGCUUAAAUGUCCUGGAUCCUCAGAACCCUGUCUUUGGAACCACAGUGCUGACAGGGUCAUCUCAGCCAGAUUCAGAAGCACAUGCAUGAGGUAAUGAUGCGUUCUGUGAACGUUACCAUGCUUUAUAAGUAUAGCAAGACUGAUGGCUUGCUAAUCUGGCUGUUCUGCAAGUCAUGUCCUUGCGAGGGCUUGGGUUACUUACCCGUUGUGUAAUGGAAUACAUUUCAUGCUUGAAAUAGAACAUUCCCUGAAAUAGAAAUGUAUCCAUUACAAUUCUUUGGUCACUGCAUAUGCACGCAGAGACAGGCGUUGGAGUUGGAUACAUUUCUAUUUCAGGGGACCACAGUUAUGACGAUAACCCAACAUUUUAUAACUUUUUCAAACCAAUAAAACAACUAUACUGUUUGUGUUGUGUGUGGUUUAAUAAUUUAUUGUACAGAAGUCAAUUGUAUUCGAUUAAUACUUCACCGUGUCAUGAUUUGUUUUGCCUUCAUACAAAACUGCUUCACCAGGCUAUGUCCAGUGAGUUCCAUUAACAUUUAUUGUUAGGAUCCCCUUGGAAAUUUGAUGUAAAAUGCAAUAGGUUCUUAAAGGUUAAAAAAUAAAUUAUAUGUAUUAUUGAAAAAAACAACUCCUCAAACAUUUUUGCAGAAGUUAUUUGUUUUCAGAGCAUGAUUAGAAUGUCAUACUAUC